GUCUUCUUGCGUUACGUCACUGAACUGUGUUUUGUAACAUUCGGCGAGGGGGUACGACAACUUAUACAAACGGUAAGACAAAAUAGAAGCUGAAAAGGAUAGAAAUUCAGAAAAUACAGACACAUCGUUCAUCAGAGCGUUUGUUUUGUAGGUACAGCUGAUUCCUCUUCAAACUGUCUGUCUUGCCUAUCUCUUGUGAAUUCACACUUCAUAACUGAAAGGAUGGACAGCGAAGCUGAGAGAACAGACUAAAGACCGAUGCUUCACUCUGUCGCUAAAGAGAUCUUGCACGAUGCCUUGCAGGCAUGAAGCACAGCUCCAUUCACUGGUUCCGCAAGGGGCUCCGUCUCCAUGACAACCCUGCUCUCCUGGCUGCGCUGCGGGACUGCGCGGAGAUUCGGCCCGUCUUCAUUCUGGACCCCUGGUUCCCCAGAAACACGCGAGUCGGCAUCAACCGCUGGCGGUUCCUGCUCGAUGCGCUGAAGGAUCUGGAUGGCAGUCUGAGGAAGCUCAACUCCAGAUUGUUUGUGGUGCGUGGGAAGCCCACUGAAACUUUCCCCAGGCUCUUCCGGCAAUGGAAGGUGACCCGGCUGACCUUUGAGAUGGACACAGAACCGUACUCCCGGCAGCGAGACGCAGAGGUGGUCAAGCUUGCGGAGGAACAUGGUGUGGAGGUCAUCCAGAAAGUGUCCAACACGCUCUACGAUUCCGAGAGGGUCAUUGUAGAGAACGACGGCACGCCCCCUCUGACGUACAAACGGUUACAGACCGUCCUGUCCUUCCUUGGGCUGCCUAAGAGACCUGUUCCUGCGCCAAAGCUGGAGGACAUGAAAGAUGUUCAUACUCCCUGCUCGGACUCUCACGAGGAGGAAUUUGGGGUCCCCACUCUGGAGGAGCUGGGUCAGGACCCCCUCAAGGCCGGCCCGCACCUAUACCCUGGGGGGGAAGGGGAGGCCCUGCGUAGAUUGGACCAGCACAUGCAGAGAGUGGCGUGGGUGUGUAACUUCAAGAAGCCGGAGACGGAGCCCAACACUCUGACCCCCAGCACCACGGUCCUCAGCCCCUACAUGAAGUUCGGCUGCCUUUCUGCACGCACGUUCUGGUGGAGGCUGACCGAUGUCUACCGAGGGAAGAAGCAUUCUGAGCCCCCAGUCUCCCUGCAUGGGCAGCUGCUCUGGAGGGAGUUCUUCUACACGGCUGGGGCAGGCAUCCCAAACUUCCAUCGCAUGGAGGGGAACUCUGUGUGUGUGCAGGUGGACUGGGACACCAACGAGGAGCACCUAGCUGCCUGGAGGGAGGGCCGCACUGGCUACCCCUUCAUUGACGCCAUCAUGACACAGCUGCGCUCGGAGGGCUGGAUCCACCACCUAGCGCGGCACGCCGUGGCCUGUUUCCUGACACGAGGGGACCUCUGGAUCAGCUGGGAGGAGGGCAUGAAGGUUUUUGAGGACUUGCUCCUGGAUGCAGACUGGUCACUGAAUGCUGGGAACUGGCAGUGGUUGUCCGCUAGCGCUUUCUUCCACCAGUUCUUCAGGGUCUACUCUCCUGUAGCCUUUGGGAAGAAGACAGACAAGAAAGGGGACUACAUCAGGAAGUACAUUCCCCUGCUGAGGAAGUUCCCAGUGGAAUAUAUCUACGAGCCCUGGAAGGCGCCACUCAGCAUCCAGGAGCGGGCUGGCUGCAUCGUGGGGCGGGACUACCCCCGGCCAAUCGUGGAGCACGACAUCGUCAGCAAGAGGAACGUCCAGAGGAUGAAGGCUGCGUACGCCCGCCGUGCCGCACCCGACAGCGAGACACGGGCUGUGAAAACAGGUGCAAAGCAGAAAGCAGACUCUGUGGCAGACAGACAAAGAAACAGAGAAGAAAUACCACCUAAAGGGGAAGCAGGACCAGUGCAAAGAAGAUCCAGAGUGACGACACUGCUGUGAACGAUGCCCGGCUUACUCAGCACUUUUCUAUUAGAAAAAAAAAAGACGUUUGAUGUUUUCAUGUGCUUCUCGUUGCACUGGCUAGUGUAGAUACACUAAUCACUUUGUUCACAGAUCGCGUUCGCCAUACUUUUUUGGCAGUACCACGGAAAUAUUCGUAAUGUUUGUUGUGGGGUUCAAAAGAGUAAAAACAACAUCCUGACAAACAGAAGGAGCCCUGUUUAAUACAACUUCAUUCAUUUAUUAAGAUGUUAAAAAAAUAGACUUUAUUAACAAAGUGAUAGAUUUUCGUGUCUCGUUUGUGUCUCAGCUAUACUACAAUUGAAAGGUUUAAAUGCUUGGAAAGCAUACCGUUAUACUGUAAAGAUGAUUAUUUUUAUUUUUUUUCCCCCAUUGAAUUAUUGAUUAAAAAACUGAAUUGA